CGGCGUGGCGGACGAGGAGUGGCUGGCGGAGGGUAAGUACGUUGGUGAGGAGCUGCUGCGGCAGGUGGAGGGGCACGGCGAGAUGCACGCGGUGGUGAGGCUCUACCUGCCGCCGGGCGAGGGCGAGGGCGAGCCCGCGUUGUGGCGGAUCGAGCACGACGACGGCGACGAGGAGGAUCUCGAGGAGCACGAGGUGCGAGCGGCGAUGCGCCGGCUCGCGGCGGCACGGAAGGAGGAGGAGGCGGCCCCGCCGAUGUCGGAGGAGGAGGUGACGGCGGCGGUGGAGGCGGAGGGGCUGACUCUGCUGCGGUCGGAGAGGGGCAGCAGCGGCUUCACGGGCGUGCGCGUUAACAAGCCCGGCAAGUGGGCAAAGGGGCCUGCAAAGCUGCGCGGGCCAACCUUCACAGCGGCGUUCUCCGGCGCACACACGCGCACCACCGCGCUCGAGGCGGCUCUCGACUACGCGCGGCACUUGCAGCAGCAGGAGCAGGAGCAGCAGCAAGCGCCGGUGGAGGUGGUGGGGGAGGGGGAGCUGGAGGGGGGGGAGGAGCCGCUGCUGCCGGAGGGGGUGGAGGUCGGCGGUUUCUGCCUCGCGACGGCCCCGGACGCCUGGCGGAGGCGUUACAAGGCGGUGCUUUUGAGCGUGCGCUCCGCUCGCUGCUACUCCGGCUUGCCGCUGCACGUCAGGUUUGUCGGCUCCGAGGCGGGCGAGCCUCUGAACCGCCUGACGGCCCCAGCUGUCGCGAGGGCUUUCCUUCCCUUGAGCGAGGUGUCGGCUUGGGUGCCGCCGGAGCAGCGCGAGGAUGCAGUUGCCGGCACUUCGAGCGGCAUGCUUGAGGGCGGCAGCAGCGCGAGGCGGAGGGCGGCGCCGCAGCGUUUCAUGGCACCGCCCUCCAAGCCGGCAGCCCAGGUGACGGAGGCGGAGGGGAUGCAGCUGCACUUGUGCAGCACGAACGACACCGGCUACAAGGGGGUGAAGCGGGCCUGGAGUGGCCGUUUUGACGCGAAGCGCAGCAUUGGCGGACGCACCGUCCACAUCGGUCGCUUCGACACGGCGGUGGAGGCGGCCGUUGCGUACGCGCGCCACGCCAGCCAGCAGCAGGCCGAGCCGCAGCCCAUUGCGACCGGGUACAAGAGCGUGUACGAGGAUACUAUUACGGGCCGCUUCUGCGCGCAGCACAGCGUGGGCAGACGCAGGUUGAACUUGGGCCCCUUUGACACGGCGGUGGAGGCGGCAGUGGCGUAUGCGCGAGCGGUCGGCG